AUGGGACUAUCAGCAGGAUUAGCUGUUUCAUGGGACUAUCAGCAGGAUCAGCUGUUUCAUGGGACUAUCAGCAGGAUCAACUGUUUCAUGGGACUAUCAGCAGGAUCAGCUGUUUCAUGGGACUAUCAGCAGGAUCAGCUGUUUCAUGGGACUAUCAGCAGGAUCAGAUGUUUCAUGGGACUAUCGGCACAGAGAAGACCGACUUAUCGGUGUAACAGUAGUUCAGUAGUGAUCAGAUACUCAGAUUAUACUGACCAUUCAUACACCUUGACCAAACUCCAUGGAGAAAACAAACUACAAGUGAAACACAAAUAUUCUUUAAAAGGUGACAUUAUGAACCAAAACAAAAGUAGAAUUAUGUCGAACUUUUCUAUUCGGGCGCUACUCAGCGACGAUCAUAAUAGGACAGUCGAUAGUAUUGUCGAAUCCAGAAGCGAAGACGAGAAAGGAGAGACGGACGAGGAUGAAGAUAUUGAUAUAACAGAAGAAAGACCAGAAGAAGUUCUAGAGAAAGAGAAGAAGAAAGAUGAAAAACCUCCGUAUAGUUAUAAUGCAAUGAUUAUGAUGGCAAUACAGAACAGUCCGGAGAAAAGUAUCUUGGAUGAAAGUAUUAUUGCUAUUUUGAAUAUAUUACAAAACGUUCCCCGACACUAUGAUGAUCCUGGGAAGGGGAAUUAUUGGAUGAUAGACCCAACCUGUGAUGAUGUUUUUAUAGGUGGUACAACGGGAAAACUAAGAAGACGAUCUACUAUGAACUCCCGGUCCCGCCUAGCGGCUUUCAGAAAUUUCGGAAUAUCUCUUGGUUUCCCGCGCUUUCAAUCGAACCCAGGGCUUUUUCCGCCGUCCCUCUUCCCGCCGCAUCUUGGCAUUACCCGCCCCGGGAUGCCGUUACACCUCCCGCCGAUGUCGGUCGGAUAUCAAUACCUCCCGCGACCGAAUCCUAAUUUCAAUCUUCUCUCCUCGUUUCCCGGACUCUCCUCCGACAUGUUUCUUCCCAAACUCUCCCUACCAUUACUUCGACCCGGGACCAAAGACGAGAUGCCAUCCUCGUCCUCUCCCCCCUUCACCUCGUCAUCUCCUCCCUUCUCUUCGUCCUCUCCCCCCUACUCCAACAGCCCAGAAAUAACUUCGAAACUGUCAGAUUCUCUUAUGUUUGCUCAACGGUUCCCGCCCCGCUCCUCCCCACCAUACCACGAUCCAGGCUCCCCGCCCAUCAAUAUAAAGGAGGAGGUGGAGUACUAGAUAGAGUAGGAAGAGCAGGAGAAGCAGGAGGAUCAGCAGAAGCAGGAGGAGCAGGAAACGCAGGAGGAGCAGGAGGUGGAAUAUUAGACGGAUAAGAAUGAAGAGAAUAAAUGGGAAAGUAGCGCCACUGCCCACUAGCCAAUAUUUGUUAAGUCUUAAUUUAAAGUACUUAAAUAUCUCUGCAGCUAGUAUGUGACUACAUACAUUUAAAUUACAUAUGAAAAGGAUGACAAAUGAUAAUAUAUUUUGGGACUUGUUAUCUGGAGCUCGAAUCAAAAUGUAUUUAUUUUUUCCUCCUUACUUUUAAUUCACAGCUCAAAAUGCAAUCAAGCAAAUCAAAACUCCAAAAAAUGCAAUGAUGGAAGAUGCACUCGGUAUUUCAAGUUUUAGAUUGAAAUGCAUGAAAUAUGUUAUUUAAGUAACGAUUGCUGAAACAAAAUUUAGUCAAUUUGAAAGUAUUUUUAAUCCGAUCAAGUGUUUGCAAGAUAAAGCAACGUUUUUUUGCUGUGUCUCGAAAUUAUCGAUUGGUUGUUAUUUAAUAAUUUUUAUGUGUUUACACUAACUGUGAUCUAUAGAUAUCUUAUAUAGU